GGAGGAGGUGCUUUGAGAGGAGGAGACUGCUCCUCUCUUCAGUCGCGCGACCACCUCACAUCCACCGCGAGCGCCUGAAGACUCAACGCCUCGCACCAACUUCUAGGAUUUGCCGAGAUUUUCCCCGCGUCUCGAACGCGCAUGUGUUUCGUGAUUAUUUUAACGAGACGCUCCGCGAUUUAUCUGCAUUCGCCAUUGGAUUAACAACACGAUGUUCGCUCGUUGAGUCGGCGAAUGAUCGUAUUCAAGUAUCGCUAAUAUCCCGCAGGAUAUUCAUGUUUUUAGAGAUACUAAGGACGCGGUGGAUCCACUGACGGAGCGCAGAACUCGCUCGCGGGAGGAGGACGCGGAUGUGAUUUAAACCCCAGCCGAACGCGAACAGUUCUUUUCGCGCUGUCAGUAAAUGAAGUGGCCUGUCGGAUUUGUCAUAUUAGCUGGAUUUUAAAAAGCCAUCCCGUUUCUGAGUGGAACAUUAGGACAGGGCGACCCGCACCCCUCACAAAGGGGUCCACGCAGUCGAGCGCACGGCGUUUCUUUUUUCUUUUUUGGGGGGGACAAAACUGGCACAUGUUUGCGUGUAGAUUGAGAGGUCUUUUGUGAGAUUUUGUUUGGUUUUGUGUUCUUUUAAGAUAUGGACAGUAUUUUGCAUUUAGAUUGGCAUAGAAAGUUAUAAAUGAUUUUUAAAACAGCAUUUUCCCCGCACUAUCUUUAUUUCAAUAGCAGACUUUACUGAUACAGUAGAUUGUUUUUCUCCAUAUAAUUCAACUGUGUUCGGCUGAAGUUAGAAGUUUUUUUUUUCCUCUCAUGACUUGGUGGCUUCUCUCUGUCUCUCGUGCGAUUGCUCAUUCCUGAUGGGUGCGAGACCCAGCUGACGAUUCUUGAACCUUUGCACUGUUUGCCCAUCUUUGUAAACAUUCACCAGUGAUUCCACGAUGGAGCUCUUCUCCAGGAACGUGGCCGCGCUCUGGAUUAUUAUCCUGCUGGAGUUCCUGCUCGAAACUGUGGCGGAUGAAGAAGUCCUGAUGAAUACGAAGACAGAGACAUCCGAUCUGAAGUGGACGACAAACUCUCGUACUAAACCUGAGUGGGAGGAGAUCAGCGGUCUAGAUGAGGAGAGCAACAGCGUGAGGACCUAUCAGAUCUGUCAGGCCGACGGCUCGUCCAGUCACUGGCUGCGCAGUAAGCUGAUCGAGCGCCGAGAGGCAUCGCAGGUGUACGUGGAGCUGCUCUUCACCAUGAUCGAGUGCUCAUCGCGGACCACGCACCACCGAUCCUGCAAAGAGACCUUCAACCUUUACUACUACCAGAGCGACACGGAUGACGCGACUGCAAACCACCCCGCGUGGAUGGAGAACCCCUAUACCAAGGUCGACACGGUGGCCGCGGACUUCCUGCUGCGCAAAGGUGGAGAGAAGAAGUUUAAUGUCAAAACGCUGCGUUUGGGGCCUUUGACCAAACGUGGAUUCUACUUGGCGUUCCAGGCCCAGGGCGCCUGCAUGGCGCUUCUAUCUGUGCGCGUCUUCUUUAAGAAGUGUCCGGCUCUCACGCGGUCGCUAUCCAUCUUCCCGGAGACAGUACCACGCUCGCUGGUCCAGGAGGCGGUGGGCCAGUGUGUGGCCAACGCAGCGCAGCCUGGACCCAAUCCCAGACCGCCCAAGAUGUUCUGCGGGGAAGAUGGACAGUGGGUGGACCAGCCCACCACCACCUGCACUUGCCUUCCGGGCUUCGAGGCCAGCCACGGAGAACUGCAGUGUAGAGCGUGUCCGGUGGGUCAUUUUAAGAUGGGAUCCGGUCCUGGCCCGUGUUCAGUGUGUCCUGACUCCAGUCACACAGGAGAGACGGGAUCCGCCUCGUGUGUGUGUCGCCCUGGUUUUUACCGGGCCCCUGCCGACAGUCCAGAUACACCCUGCACACGUCCGCCCUCGUCCCCGCGCAGCCCUGUUCCCCAGGUCAAUGACACCUCUCUCACGCUGGAAUGGAACGAACCGUUAGACAGCGGGGGCCGAUCGGACCUCACCUACAGUGUGGAGUGUCGAAUGUGCUCCGGGGGCCCCUGUGCGCCAUGCGGGGACGGUGUGAUUUACCGGCCGUCCCAGACUGGGAUCCAGGGCCGGCGCGUGAGCAUUUGGGGUCUCCGACCUCACACCACCUACAGCUUCACCGUGAUGGCCCUCAACGGGGUCUCUCCUCUGAGUCAGCAGGGGCCCGCGGGGGAGAACAUCAACAUCACCACCAGCCCCAACGUUCCUGUACUGGUGUCUGGUUUAAGGCACAUCGCAGCCACAGAAUCCAGCCUGACGCUGCACUGGAACACACCGACCCAGUCACACUACAGGAUCCUCCAGUACCAGCUGCGCUACUGUGAGAAGGAGCGCGGCUCUGAGGAGAACUCCUGUCAUUAUAUGGAGAGCAAUCUCAACGAGGUGGUGUUGAGUGAUUUGCGCAGGGCGACGCAGUACGAGGUUCAGGUCCGCGCUCGCACCUUGUCCGGCUACGGCAGCUUCGGUCAGGCUGUCGUCUUUCGGACCCUUCCUGACGAUGAUUCCUCGUCUCCGCUGCUUGUUACCGGGAUCCUUAUAGCCAUGGGCAUGCUGCUGCUCAUCACCGUCAUUGCUGCUGCGAUCUACUGUAUAAGGAAGCAAAGUCAUUUCAAAGAUGCAGAAAUGAGUGACAAAAAUGGCCAGUAUCUCAUGGGUCACGGAAUGAAAGUUUACAUCGAUCCAUUCACUUACGAAGACCCUAAUGAGGCCGUGAGAGAGUUUGCUAAGGAGAUUGAUGUCUCGUGUGUCAAAAUCGAGGAGGUUAUUGGAGCAGGCGAGUUUGGAGAAGUUUGUCGUGGACGGCUGAGGAUCCCAGGGAAGAAGGAGAACUAUGUUGCUAUUAAGACCCUUAAGGGUGGAUACACAGACAAGCAAAGGCGGGACUUUCUGUCCGAGGCCUCAAUCAUGGGCCAGUUCCAGCACCCCAACAUCAUCCACCUGGAAGGCAUAAUAACAGCCAGCACCCCGGUCAUGAUCCUCACCGAGUUCAUGGAGAACGGAGCUCUGGACUCCUUCCUGAGACUCAACGACGGCCAGUUCACUCCGAUACAGUUAGUCGGGAUGCUGCGUGGCAUCGCGUCGGGGAUGAAAUAUCUCUCGGAAAUGAGCUACGUGCAUCGUGAUCUUGCCGCACGGAACAUUCUUGUGAACAGUAACCUGGUCUGCAAGGUGUCCGACUUCGGCCUGUCGAGAUUCCUGCAGGAGAAUUCGUCCGAUCCCACGUACACCAGCUCACUGGGUGGAAAGAUUCCGAUCCGUUGGACGGCACCCGAGGCGAUUGCUUUCCGUAAAUUCACCUCUGCAUCAGAUGUGUGGAGUUACGGCAUCGUCAUGUGGGAAGUGAUGUCGUUCGGAGAGCGGCCGUACUGGGACAUGAGCAACCAGGAUGUGAUUAAUGCCAUUGAGCAGGAUUACCGGUUGCCGCCGCCUCCCGACUGUCCCACUCACCUGCACCAGCUGAUGUUGGACUGCUGGCAGAAGGAGCGGACAGCGCGGCCACGCUUUUCCAACAUCGUCUCAGCACUCGACAAGCUCAUUCGCAACCCUGCCUCGCUUAAAAUCACCGCGCAGGAGGGGGCAGGACCCUCUCACCCUCUGUUAGACCAGCGCUCCCCUCUGACGCCCGCGUCCUGUGGGACAGUGGCUGAUUGGCUCAGGGCCAUUAAGAUGGAGCGUUACGAGGAGAGCUUUCUGCAGGACGGUUACACCUCCAUGCAGCUGCUCGCCCACAUCACCACAGAGGAUCUGCUGCGUUUGGGAAUAACUCUGGCUGGUCAUCAGAAGAAGAUUCUGUCCAGCAUCGAGGCUCUUGGGAUUCAAAACCAAACUCCAGGGAAUGUGCUCUACUGAGUGAAGCGUCCACACACACACACACACACACACACACACACACACACACACACACACACACACACACACACACACACACACACACACACACACACACACGCACGCACGCACGCUUGCUGAGUUUGCCUGAGAACCCUCGUGUAACCUACACACUCACAAUCAGGAACAUUUGUACUUCCUUUUUUACCAGAUCAGGAUGGCUUACUUGCUUCCAAGACUACCUAAAGGGAACCAGUCCAGGAGCCUGCAUCCCACUAAUAUUACAGAGCGUCAUUUGUGAUAUCAAGCGGGUCUCGUAGGGAUGUUAUCUCCACCAUUUCAAGGAAAGACUUGCUCUGACAUCUCAGUGCAAAGACAGUGAUGAAGUAUUUCCAUUGUUGUAGAGUAUUUUUCUAAAGGAGACUUUCAUACUGAAGAGACUGGCGGAGGAUGUACAGCAGAAGAUGAGAACUAUAUCAGGAGAAUUUGGAUACAAGUAUCAGAUUACAGACUGUGCGCGAGCGGUCACAUGCUCACACACACUAAGUGCCAAGUAAUUGGUAUCUUGUUUUUAAAUGAUGCACUCAGUGUGUGAGUGUGUGAGUGAGCAGCAAUAAGAAAAACGAGCACAAAAGUCUUAGCACUUUUUUUUGAAGAGAAUGAGGCAGAGGUUCCAUUGGUGGACAAAAUAUGCUAAAUAUAUGUGCUUACACACACACACACAUUUAGAUCUGCAACACUUGACUGGCACUAAAAAGAGACCAAAUAAAAGACUGUCUAUUGUUUUAUGAGUAGCCAAAAGACUCAGAACAACCUUUGAACGUGUGCCAUACUGUUUUGUUUAUUACGGGAAUGUUGUGCUGGUUUGAAGCUGGUGACCAUCAUCAACUCACCACAAGAUCCAGAAGCCACCCUCUCAUACCACGCAAGGGUUUGUGGGUAGGAGGAUUUGGUCUUCACGUUGGAGACCCACAAGAACAAACCAGGGACUUUAAUUCUGUUGCCUCUUUUUUUUUUUUUUUUUGUAUAAAUUUAUCUUGAUUUAUGUAAAAAGAUUAAUUUCUUUGUCAGUGUAAUCUGUGUUUCUGUUACAAUAAAAAGUAUACAUUCA